AUGAUAAGAAUUUGUCAAACGUCAAACAAGCCAUACGUCAUAUGCUGAAUUAUAAAUAUCAAUAUUUUUCAAUAAAUAAAUAAGGAUUUUUGAGAACAAUAUUAAUGGGAAUAUUUAAAGCAUUUGAAGAUGAAUACAAAUGGAUAUAAGGAUGAACAUGCAAGAACAAUCAUACAUAUUGAUCUUGAUUGUUUCUAUGCACAAGUGGAAACUCUAAAAAGGUCCGAACUGAAAAAUGUUCCUCUUGGAAUACAGCAGAAGAACAUAGUUGUAACAAGCAAUUACAUUGCCAGAGAAUUCGGAAUAAGAAAAUGCAUGCUGCUUACGGAAGCAAUGCAACUAUGUCCGAAUUUAGUUUUGGUGAAUGGUGAAGAUUUGAACGACUAUAGAACUAUGUCUUAUAAAGUGACGGCACUGUUGCAGAAGUACUCGGAGGUUGUGGAACGUUUGGGAUUGGAUGAAAAUUUUGUGGAUGUGACAAAAUUAGUCGAAGAAAAACUCAGAAGUAUGAACAGUUCCUUAGGUGACCAAAUUCAAAGUGUGACAAAUGUAUUUGGAAGUAAUGAAGGCUAUUGCCAAUGUGGUUGUGAAGUUCGAUUAAAAGUGGGAAGUUUAAUUGCGGAGGAAAUGAGAAGACUUAUUUAUACCCAAUUAGGGUUAACCAGCUGUGCUGGAAUAGCUCAUAAUAAAUUACUCGCCAAAAUUGUAUGUUCUAAACACAAGCCCAAUCAACAAAGUAUGAUAUAUCCUGAUAAUGCUCUAGAGUUGAUGUUGAGUUUGAAUAACGUCGAGAGUAUACCAGGGAUUGGCAAAGCUACAGCAGAUUUGUUGCAAAAUAUAGGAAUCAGAACGAUCGAAGAUCUUCAAAAUGCCGAACUUAUUGAGCUGAAGAAAUUGUUUGAUAUCGACAAAGCAAAGUUUUUACAGAACUUGAGUUACGGAAUAGAUAAUAGCCAGGUCAAAAAAAGUGGGAAGCCGUCAAGUAUAGGAUUAGAAGACAGUUGUAGGUUGAUCUGUGCUGAAAAGGAAGUUAAAGAAAAGCUCAGGGAGUUGUUGAAACGGUUAUUAUUGUUGGUUGAAGCUGAUGGACGUCUUCCAAGAACAAUAAAGUUAACCGUUCGAAAAUUCGAUAAAUUGACCAAGAUGAGUCGAAGGGAAACCAAGCAGUCCAACAUUAAUUCGCAUUUUUUCACUUCUGGAUGUGUCGCGGAGAUGAAUCCGAACAAUAUCGAAAAAAUUUUAAUGAUACUGAUGAAUAUGUUCAGAAAAUUAGUCAAAGUUCACAAACCCUUCCACAUAACCCUGCUAGGAAUUUCUUUUGUUAAAUUCAACGAAAGACCCAGCUACCGAAAUUCCAUUGCAUCAUUUUUAAGGAAAGAUCUUGAAGUACAAAGUAUUAUAAAUAUUGAAAAUUUAAUAAGUAACGAAUCGUCUCCCGAAAGCAGAAAUCAAUCGCCUUCCAGUUGUAGGGAAUCCAGCGAUCCUGAAUCUGAACCUACGCCCAAAAGAUCAAAAUUGGCGAUAUUUAAGAGGAAUAGGAAUUUUUUCGAAUACGACACGUGCGAGUCUCCUUCCAAAUUACGAGUGCAGGAUCUCCAACUUACCUCUGAAAAACGCGAAAAUAUUCAAAAUAUCAAAUGCCCUCCAAGCGUAGACGAAUCUGUUUUUCAAGAGUUACCUUUAAACGUUCAGCAAGAAAUAUGGUCCGACUAUGCUAAAAGUGAAAUCGAUUCUGCCUCGUGUGCGAAUAAGCCUAAAAAAAUGAAAACUGGUAAUAGUAUACUGAAUUAUUUAGUCCAAAAGUGAUGGGGGGAAAAAUGAAUAUUUUCGAGUUUUUUUGGUUAUUCUUAAUGUUUCAAGUGUCUACUUGAAGGAUUAAGGGGAGAGGUUAUCUGUUGUCGAUAUUAUAUUUUUAUACUUUUAUAAUUUGUUUUUACAUUUAUAUAUCUUGUGCUUGGGAUUUCCUAUUUCGAAUCUCAAGCAAAGGCUGCAUGAGUUUUCUUUUUAUAUGUUGAAAAGAUGAAUUUGACCUGAUUUUGAACAGUUUUCUCAAAUCCCAUCAUAGGUAGAUUAUAUUCUAUUGUUAUUGAUACCUUUUUUUUAUUGUAGAACAUAAUUUUCAGAAGAUAAAGCCUUUUAUGUUCAAAAAAUGUUUUGGUCCAAUUUUAUUUUUACUUCCAGAGUAUAAUAUUAUUUCUGUAUUCUCAGUCGGUAAAAAACAUUGUACCUGUUUAUUUUCCAUAUUUCAACAAAAUUGUCACACUCAUUAUUUUGCAUAACAUUUCCAACCAAAUAAAACUUUUAUUCAGAGAACAA